AUGAAGUAUAAAUCGUUGAUCGCAACUUCUGGAUGGAGAAACUCGUGCGAUGGUAGAAGAGUCAACGGUAUAUGCGGAUGGCGAGAUGUAGAUAUGGCUUCUAAUGACUCCUGCACAGAGAAUAAGCAUCAGAGCGACAUCAGCGACAUGCAGUUUGAACAGUUGCAUAAUAGUUCAUCAACAAUGAAAUCAUGCCAGAUUUGUAACGGAAGAGUCGAGCGAACAACAGCCAAACUGCAGGGAAUGUCUCUGGUCGGGUUCAAAAUUUGUGCGAAUUACCGCAUUCAUCACACAAAUACUACCAUAUAUUCUUCUUCUCUCACACAUUAUCAUCUUCGCGUUGAGGAUUCAAUAAUGCUCCGCAUUAAUCCAGUUUUUGUACCUCUCUUCAUCUUUUCGGAUGCUGUGGACACUUGA